AUGAGCACCUCGUACACCGAGGCGCAGUUCGGCUCCUUGUUUGACCUGCCCGCCGGAGACGACCUCACGUCCUGGUUCACGCACCUGUGCGGCGAGGAGCAGCCGGCGUUCCAGGCGCCGGUAGCUAUGGCGGACCCCAGGAAGAGGAGCGCCGAGUACGGGCUCCUCGAAGGCGAGGCGUCCGGGGUCAAGAGGCAGCGCUCCCCGACCACCAGCUCCCGGGAGAACAGCGCCGGCAGCAAUGACGGCGACCACGAGCACACGUCCGCCGGUGGCGCCGCCGGCGCGGGCAGGGGCGGCGGCCGCCGGCUCUGGGUCAAGGAGCGCGACCACGAGUGGUGGGACCGGAUGAGCAGCCCGGCGUGCCCCGAGGACGAGUUCCGCCGCGCCUUCCGCAUGUCCCGGGCCACCUUCGAGUCCGUCUGCGAGGAGCUGGGCGCCGCCGUCGCCAAGGAGGACACCAUGCUGCGCGCCGCCAUCCCCGUCCGCCAGCGCGUCGCCGUCUGCAUCUGGCGCCUCGCCACCGGGGAGCCGCUCCGCCUCGUGUCCAAGCGCUUCGGCCUCGGCAUCUCCACCUGCCACAAGCUGGUCCUCGAGGUCUGCGCCGCCAUCAAGGCCGUGCUCAUGCCCAAGGCCGUGCAGUGGCCCGAGGCGCCCGACGCCGCCGCGGGGGUGUCCGCCAGCUUCGAGGCCGCGUCGGGGAUCCCGAGCGUCGUGGGCGCCAUGUACACCACCCACAUCCCCAUCAUCGCGCCCAAGGCCAACGUCGCCGCCUACUACAACCGCCGGCACACCGAGAGGAAUCAGAAGACCUCUUAUUCCAUCACGGUGCAGGGCGUGGUUGACGCGGGCGGAGCCUUCACGGACGUCUGCAUCGGCUGGCCGGGCUCCAUGUCCGACGCCGACGUGCUCGACCGCUCCGCUCUCUACGCGCAGCGCGGCGCCGCGGGCCUGCUGCAGGGCCAGUGGGUGGUGGGCGGCGCCGGGUACCCGCUCAUGGACUGGCUGCUGGUGCCCUACACGCACCACAACAUGACGUGGGCGCAGCAUGUGUUCAACGAGCGGGUGGACGGCGUGCGCGCCGUCGCCAGGGACGCCUUCCAGCGACUCAAGUCCCGCUGGGGCUGCCUCCAGAAGCGCACCGAGGUGAAGCUGCAGGACCUCCCCGUCGUGCUCGGCGCCUGCUGCGUCCUCCACAACAUCUGCGAGCGCGCCGGCGACGCCGUCGACCCCGACAUCGCGUUCCAGCUCUUCGACGACGACAUGGUCGCCGACAACCCCGUGCGCUCCACGGCGGCCGUCGCCGCGCGCGACAACAUUGCCCACAACCUCCUCCACCGCAACAGCAGCGCCGCCGGCGGCCCUGGAUUCCACUUCAAAUGA